AUGAAACACCAAAGAGCCACCAGCUUCGCUUCAUCUCGUUCCUCCACCUCCGGCGUACUCCUCUGUUUCUUGCCACCCAGCCUCUUUCUCCUACUCAUACUCCUGUUAACUAAUGCGAGUUAUUUCGUGUCAGGGAGCGACGAGGACGACCCCGGUAGUCCUGGUUACUGCCGGCUCUGCGAGCUUCACACCAUGUGUCUGUUUCCGUUCGACGACGUGGGUCCAAAGUGCAUCGACGUAGAAAGCGGCGAUCUCGAUAGUGAAGAGAUACGAUCAAUCGUUCACCAGCACAAUGUUCACCGAAACAACAUUGCCAAGGGUCUUGAGACCCGUGGAAAUCCUGGACCACAACCACCCGGCAGAAAUAUUAUGGAACUCACGUGGGACGAGGAACUCGCUCGAAUAGCACGAAGAUGGGCCCUUCAGUGCAAUCCAUCCCGAAAGGACUAUUGCCGCAACGUAGAACGUUUCCAUGUCUGGCAGAACACGAAUACCCUGAGCUUGGACGUUACGAACGAGGGUAUCUUGGAGGAUCCUGAGGAGCAUUCUGAUCCGGGGAGUGGUAUCGAGGAGGAUGUGAAUGCAACUGCAACCACAAGUCCGUUUAUGCGCAUUCGAUUUCACGUCCAAUCGUGGCUGGAUGAGGUUGAACAUUUCGAUACUGCGAGAGUCGGAUUGGUGGACUUCUCAAUGGAGAACGAGACAUCGUACGUAGCAAUUGCCUGCGCGAUGAUAACUCGUGUGGGCUGCGGUCGUGCUACGUACAGAACGUAUUUGGAGGAGGAGAGUAAGGACGAGGCUCGGGUCAGCUUGGUGCCAUCAGAAGCCACGGAUAACAAGAACGACAGUGGUAGCAGUCGAGUCGAGGUUCUCGUCUGCAAUUACGGACCUAUCGAUCCCACAACACCACAGAAUCUGUACGAAUAUGGGACACUCGAAUUUUGUCCCGAAGGAUCUUUGCCGAGUGCCGAAUACGAUCAUCUGUGCGCGCCGAGUCAAGACGUCGGUGGCUUGCUCUCGCCCGGGGAAAUGGAAUAUCGCGUGGGUAAGGAUGGUACGCUGGAUUCAAGAUGGCACGGUAUUGUUGGCUCGCCAGGAAGGCACGAUGAAAACAGUGCAGGAGAAGCAAGCAGAAACUCAGCAGUUUCGAUUGCUUUGCGAAAAACCGGGGACGCCUGUACUCGCUUUCACCCUCCUUUCCUCCAAAUUCUCAAGCUCGUUCUCCUUCACGUAAUUACUAAGACUCCAGGUGGCAGUUGUUGCUGACUUUUCAAGCUCUCCCAUUAAAUCCCCAGCCCGAACCCCCCGCCCAUCCUUAAUGCUCGCUAUCAUUCUCACCUUCCAUUCCACCCGAAUGAACCGAAUAUUUUUAAAGCAUAAUUCAAUAAAAAAAAAAUGAAAUUUAUUCUACAAUGAACUCGGAAGCAUUUUAAUUUUAUCGAAUGAGGGCAUUGUACUGUAUAUAAUGUCGCAGCUUCUUUCGAAUCUAUGUAAGUAUUCGUAGAACAAAAUGAAAAUUCGAUCAAAAUUCGUCAAAUUUCCACGUGUAAUGAAAUAAAAACG